AUGCAUGAUUUCAUCGUCGAUGUUCGUCAGGAGAAUGUUCGUCAAGAGAAUGUCCCCCAAGAGGACAACUCUAACGAUGAGCCAAUGGACACAACAGAUGCACCUAGUUCUUCACAUGCACCUAAUGCUGCAAAUGAUGAACUUGCCGAACUACUAAAACUUGCCGAGACCGACCUACACCCUGGUUAUGAAGGGAUGAACGAGUUAGAUUUCUUGGCGCAACUAAGUCAUGUGAAGGCAAUCAAUAAAUGGACCGAUACGUCGCUCGAUCAAUUGCUAGAAUUGCUUAAAGGUGCAUUUCCGCUUGCUAGACUCCCACCUUCAACCUAUGAAACCAAGAAGAUAAUGAAAAAAGAUAACCAAGAUCUGCAACAUUAUCCCGAAUGUAAAGCAAGUAGAUGGAAGGAUGAAAACACUAAGGGGAAGAAAGUUGCCAACAAGGUUAUGUGUUACUUUCCAUUAAUUCCCAGACUAAAGCGUAUUUAUAGCUCAAGAUACACUGCAAAAGAUAUGACAUGGCAUGCCACAGGGCGUUGCACGGAAGAUGGUAAGCUACGUCACCCAGUGGAUGGUACAUCAUGGAAAGACUUUGAUUCAAUGUAUCCUGUUUUUGCUGUUGAACCUCGAAAUGUUAGAUUAGGGUUAGCAGCCGACGGUUUCAAUCCAUUUGGCAACAUGAGUACUUCUUAUAGCAUGUGGCCAGUUAUAUUGACAACAUACAAUACGCCACCUUGGUUAUGUAUGAAAGAGACUUCAUUCAUGUUGACAUUGUUGAUUCCCGGUCCUAAAUCACCUGGGACAGAUAUUGAUGUGUUUUUGAGGCCAUUGGUUGAUGAAUUGAAAACUCUUUGGUCGGAUGGAGUCGUAACAAAAGACGUUGUCACUAACAGUUUCUUCACAAUGUGUGCAAUGAUUUUAUGGACCAUCAAUGAUUUCCCUGCUCGUAGUAGUUUGUCUGGUUGGAGUGGCCAAGGUUACAUGGCAUGCCUAACAUGUAAUAAAGACACUCCAUCUGAACCUGUCAUUGGAAAAAUUGCAUAUGUUGGUCAUAGGAUAUAUUUAGACAAGAAUCAUAAAUGGAGGAAGGACAAGUUAUUUAAUGGUAACUGGGAGACUAGAGAUCCUCCUGGAAGAAUAGCCAAUGAUCAAAUAUGGGAACAACUUAGUAAUUUGCCUACCCGUAUUCCUUGUAAACAUGUUGGUAAGAAGAGAAAACGUGACCCAAAGGUUGAAUUUAAUUGGUCCAAACGCUCUAUUUUCUCCGAGCUUGAAUAUUGGUCUUCUGUUCAACUAAAACAUAAUUUGGAUGUCAUGCAUAUAAAAAAAAAUGUCCGUGAGAGUUUGUUGAAUACGAUGAUGAUGCACAAGGAUAAAUCCAAAGACACCGAUAAGGCUAGAAGGGUGUUGCAAAAAUGGAACAUUCGGCCUGAGUUAUGGCUUGUAGAUAACGGUCGUGGUAAGCUCUCAAAGCCUCAUCCCAAGUUUUCUUUCACAAAUGCCGACAGAAGUCUUUUUUGUCAAUUCAUCAAGGGAGUAAAACUACCUGAUGGUUUUGGCUCAAACUUUAAGCAUAAGGUAACUGAUAAUGAUACCCAAAUAACGGGGAUGAAGUCUCAUGAUCAUCAUAUAAUGAUGCAGCGAUUGCUUCCGAUUGGUGCACGUGCGUACUUGGAUAAAAACAUUUCAACACUAAUAAUUGAGUUAUGCCAAUUUUUUAAGCAACUUUGUGCUCGGAACUUGAUGUCGUCCGACAUGGAAGAUGCAAAGGAUAAGUUGAUUAAAAUCUUGUGUGCUCUCGAGCAAAUACUUCCUCCGUCAUUUUUUGACAUAAUGAUUCAUUUGGUUAUGCAUUUGCCCGAGGAGGCCAUUCAAGGUGGUCCUGUUUACAUGAGGUGGAUGUAUCCAUUUGAAAGAUACAUGAAAAAGCUAAAGAAUUAUGUCAAAAAUAAGGCUAGGCCUGAGGGUUCUAUCGCGGAGGGGUAUGUUGCAGAGGAAGCCGUAACUUUUGUUUCAAGGUAUCUUAAAGGUGUACCGACAAGGUUUAAUCGACUAGACAGAAACCAGGAUGCCCUAAUUCCAACACGAGAGUUUUAUGUCUUUCAAUCACUAUGCACACCGAUCAGCAAGGGGGUUGAUAGAAAGUUAGAUCGUGAGCUUUGGACAAAUCUUAAUUGGUAUAUCCUUAACAAUAGCUCCGAGAUCGAAGGAUACAAGGAUGAAUUUACCACUCAAAUGCCGCCUUGGACUGACUUGCAAACAAAUUUUCCUAACUGGUUUAAACAAAAGAUCAACCGUCAACGAGCAGAUGAUGAAUCUAGUGUAAGUAAUGAGUUACUUGCUUUGGCCAAUGGACCACGACUUGCAAACUCUUACACUGCUUGUAUAGUUAACGGUGUGAGACUUGUGGUUCUUAGCCGAGAUUCACAUCGUACAACUCAAAAUAGCGGCGUCUCAACAACUGGACCCGACGACACAAACUAUUACGGUCAAUUGGAAGAUAUUCUGGAGCUAGGUUAUCUUGAUUGUUACAAGGUUGUCUUGUUUCGAUGUAAAUGGUUCAAAACUAAUAACAUCAAACUUUGUGUCACUAAGAAUAACAUAACCAGUAUUUCUACUCAAACUGAAUGGUUUACAAAUGACCAAUACAUACUUGCAACCCAAGCAGAGCAAGUCUUUUAUCUUAACGAACCCUCUAAAGGCGGACAAAGAGGUCAAUCAAACAACUAUUGGAAGGUCGUCCAAGAGGUGAAUCAUCGGAAGAUUCGGGACCGAGAUAUUGUCAUGGAAAAUAACGAUAAUGAUAUAAUACAUGGCAACACUUGGUCUGACUUUUCAUUGUCUGCUGACUUGGAGAAUUUGUCUUAUGGCGGUUUAAGUAUAGACAAACCAACGGAAGUUGAUGAAAUGGAUAACGAGGCAUACGAAGAAGAUACAGAAGAUAGUGAAGACAGCGAUGAAGAGAAUGCGAUGGAUACUAGUGAUGAUGAUGAUGAUGAUGAUGACGAUUUACUCGAACCUAACAAUGAAAGUGGAGUGGCGACUUAUCAGACUGAUGAAGAUGAUUGA